AUGUCGAAAGCGCUGCCGCUGAUGGAUCCGACGACCAACAUUGAAACCGAUCCGGUUGAGGCCAAGAGAAUUCUGCACAAGGUUGACUGGCGCGUCAUCCCUUUGCUACAGUUUCUCUACAUGCUGACUUUCCUCGACCGAGUCAACAUUGGAAACGCUCGACUCUGGAACUUGGAGAAAGACCUGGGUAUGAGCGGCUACCAGUACAACAUUGUCGUACUUGUUUUCUACAUUCCUUACAUUAUCCUUGAACUGCCUGCGAACUAUGUAUUCAACCGUGUCGAGCCUCGCAAGUUUAUAGGUGUCAUCAUCUUCGGAUGGGGCUUGACCACCACUUUUGCUGGAUUCUGCCACAACUUUGCGGGCCUGCUUGUUUCUCGUAUUUUCGUCGGCAUUUUCGAGUCUGGCAUGUUUCCCGGCUGCAUGUAUUUGAUUUCUGGCUGGUACAAGCGGCACGAGCUGCUUACACGUAUGGCCUUUUUUUUCGUUGCCAACGACAUCGCCGGCACCAUCUCGGGCCUCCUGGGCGCCGGUUUGGGCUCGCUCGACGGUGUGCGUGGCAUCUCGGGAUGGCAAUGGAUCUUUUUCACGGAGGGAACUGUCACAUGCCUGGCGGCCUUGCUCGCCUGGAUCUAUGUCCCUCCCUUCCCAGAGAACAGCACCUUUCUCACAGAGUCCGAGAAGCAAUGGGUCAUUUGCAGACUGCAGACCGACAAUCGUGGCAUGUCUCACGAGAAUAUGACAAUCAAGGGCGUCGUCAACUCGCUAAAGGACUGGAAGGUCCUCAGCAGCGGCGUGCUGUACUUGGCUGUCUGCACAACUGCCUACGCUAUCUCUGUCUUCCAGCCCACCAUCUUGCGUACCUUUGGCUGGGGCGACCUGAAAUCGAACCUGCUGUCUGCGCCGCCUCGUGUUGCCUCGGGCAUUGUCUCGGUUGCUCUUGGGAUCUGGUCCGACCGGAUCCAAAAACGAGGCAUUUUCUGCGUCUUCGGCUUUUCUCUUAGCAUCAUAGGUCUGUUGCUUGUUAUGUUCUUAACUGGCGCGAUAAGAUACAUCGGUAUCUAUUUUGCUGCUAUUGGCAUCUAUAUUGUUCAGCCUCUCUCGAUUUCUUGGUGUGCAAAUCAAGUCACGAGCUCGACGAAGCGAGGUACCAUUGCUGCUUAUGCCGGAUCAGUUGGCCAGCUGGGUGGCAUUAUCUCAGCUGUCGUCUUCCCCUUCAAGGACGGGCCCCAGUACGUUCCCGGUAUUUCUACAUGCAUUGCGUUCCAAGUCUUAGGUAUUAUUGCCGCCGCCAACAUGUGGAUCUGCUGUGCAUACGAGAACAGGCAGCGCGAUCUUGGCAAUCGAGACUAUCUCCGUCAGCUGCCUCAGGAGGAACAGGACAAGCUUGGCGAGAGACACCCUGACUUCCGCUAUAUUUUAUAA